GUUUACCCGGAGUUUCUCUCUCGAACCAUCGUCGUUUUUUGUGAAACUUGUCGCCAUGGACAGCAGCUGCAACGCCCCGCCGUCUACGUCUCCGGCGGUGGAUCACGGCGAUACCGAGGAACAAGCGGUGGUCGAGAUCGAUGAUUCCGCAUAUGUUCUCGAUCUCACCAGUUUUCAGCUCCACAGUCUCGAGGCGGUAGAUUUGCGGGCAACUCUGACGGAAUUGGACCUGACGGCGAAUCGUUUGUCGACCUUGGACCCGAGGGUCGAGAAGCUCUCUAACCUUAAGAAGCUUUCUUUACGGCAGAAUCUCGUCGAUGAUGCCGGCGUCGAGCCGCUGUCCCGCUGGGCCACCUUGUCGGGCCUCGAGGAGUUAAUUCUCAGGGAUAACAAGCUAACAAAAGUACCUGAUAUCAGCAUAUUCACGAAGCUUUUGGUUUUCGACAUAUCUUUCAAUGAAAUCCCUUCUUUGGAAGGAUUAGCUAAGGCCUCUAGCAUGCUGAAGGAACUCUAUGUGUCGAAAAAUGAAGUUUCCAAGAUGGUGGAGAUUGAACACUUGCACAACUUGCAGAUUCUUGAACUGGGCUCUAAUAGAUUGCGGGUGAUGGAAAAUUUGGAAAACCUAACAAAGCUAGAAGAGCUGUGGCUUGGAAGAAACCGUAUCAAAGUUGUAAACCUAUGUGGGCUCAAAUGUAUCAAGAAGAUUAGCUUGCAGAGCAAUCGGUUGACCUCAAUGAAAGGGUUUGAGGAUUGUGUUGCUCUAGAAGAGCUAUACUUGAGCCAUAAUGGUAUCUCGAAGAUGGAAGGCUUGAAUAGAUUGGUUAACCUCCGUGUAUUGGAUGUGUCAAACAACAAGCUCACAUCAGUCGACGACAUUCAGAACCUAACACAGUUGGAAGAUCUAUGGCUUAAUGACAACCAGAUAGAGUCACUUGAAGGGCUUGCAGAAGCUGUUGCAGGGUCAAAAGAGAAGCUUACUACUAUCUACCUCGAAAAUAACCCAUGUGCCAAGUCCCCGAAUUACGUUGCUACUGUCAGGGAAAUCUUCCCCAAUGCGCAGCAAAUCGAUUCCAACAUAUUUGGUUAGAGGAAGAUCCAUUGUACGAUGAUGUCUGUAUCUGCACGUCGAAAUCUUGAGGAAUCGAUCAGGUAAAGAACCCAGAUGGCUCAAGAAACAUAUUUUCAUCCCUAUUUUGUGCAUGCGUGAGAGGAAACUGUUCUCCAUCGCCAACACUGUCAUAUUUGUGUAAUGUUUUUCCUGAGCUGCAUUUCUUGGUUCUUUUUAUCAAAAGCUUCUUGAAAGAA